AUGAAAGAAGGAAACUCACGAAUUCUGUUUUUAUUUCUUCCCUCACUUUAUCAUCAUUAUAGGUUCCAAAAUCGACGCAUGAAGGCUAAGAAAGAUAACUCGCUUACAGCAUUAAGUCCCGAUUUAAUGUACACGGACGAGCCACAAAUCAUUCAAAAUUAUCCAACUUAUCAACAGCCAAAUGUUGGGUCGCAUGAAUAUGGCAAUGCGAGCAAUAGCAGUGAAAUGAUGAUGCCAGUGAAUGGCAGCUAUAAUAAUCCAUUAAAUGACUUGAUGAAUAUCAAUCAUGAACAGCAGCAAACACAUUUAGAAUUAUCGUCUUUUGUAUGA